UAGGUUCAGUGGUCACGGGUUCGAACUUUGGUCCUUUAAUUCCCGACUUCACUAUUAUCAAGUCACCUGAUGUUGAAUUAAAUCAUGUGACGGGUGCUUGUCGUAUAUAAACAAGCGUGCACGCCUCCAUGCACAGAUAGGAUCUCCGUACACACCAUUUUCCAUCUAUAAACUUGUUCAGACAGCUUCUCGCAUUAUUAAUACUGAGCCAAGUGAAGCGAAUCAUGAAGUACAUGUACGUGGUGUUGGUGUUAUGUGCGGCUGUUGUGGUGUUCGGCCAAGCCCCCAUACCCCACAGGCCACCGAGGGGUUUCGUGUACCCGGCCAGCGAUCCGUGCAAGGCACCUGUAGAAUUCAAGGCAUUCAUCGACGUGUCUUGCCCGGACUGCAAAGCGGCCUGGCCUACAUUUCAGAAGGUUGCUGAGUAUUACAACAAUGCUUCCACGUCACUGGUUGCCUUCGAAGCAAUCAUCUUCCCCUUGCCAUUCCACCGGGCAGCAUUCCCAGCGGCACAGGCAACUUACAUUCUCCGGAAUUUGAAACCAACUGCUAUAUACACCUGGUUUAAUUACAUCUUCAGCCAUCAGAGCAAGUACUACAAUGACGCCAUCUUGAACACCAGUCAGUCAGCAGUCCACAUGUUGUUGGCUGAGGACAUCUACGCAGCCACUAGUAUCUCAAAGAGCGAAAUCCUUACCCACUUCAAGGACACUGAUCCAUCCAGGGAAGAAGAAAUAGUCAUGUGGAAAUAUGGAUGCACGCGAACGGUGUCUGGCACGCCCACUGUUUUCAUCAAUGGCAUCAGUGUGGACUUUUCCCUCACGUGGACUCUGGACGAUUGGAGGAAGGUCAUUGACCCUUUGAUUUACAGCGCCGAGGACACGUACUACAUGCCGAAGACCUGCCCCGCAGGAGAGGCGGAGUGCAAGUAUCUGCCAGGGAAGAUGGAGUGCUGCUUGAACGGCGAGUUUUGCAUUCCCAACGUGGGCUGCCGAUGCUAGUUAAGUCGGGACCGGUCAACGACACAGCAUGAACCGACAAAAAAGAUAUGAUAAAAAUUAGAUGCAGCUCAGGGACAUUAUUAUCAUUAUGCUGUUAAAUACAUCAUCCGUAUGAGUCUGAAAUUCAACUGCACAUGCGUGCAUCGAGACUUUGCCAUUUAGGCAAAGCACUGCGUAAAAAAUCUAUGGAGAACCUAUCAAUUAAAAUAAUUGAAUAGAAUUUUUAGAAUUGGUAAGAAUUCUUCAGAUUCUUUUUGCACACGCUUAUCUUAGUUUGUUACUUUGUCCAGUGACAUCGACAAAAAGAGUGAUGUGCGCAUGUGUAGUUGCAUACAACUGCAGCUUGUUACCCAAUGAACUUGUGUAUUUAAUCAAGUUAUUGACAUGGAGCCAUAUUAUUGGUACAAAGGCGAUUGUUUCUUUUUUUAUUUAGACAGUAAAUUUUAGCUCUGGAGUUAUACAUUAAAUCUAAGGCAAUUACGGUCGCCAGUGGGUAUUAAACGAAUAAUCUCGACCGGGUGUUUAAGAGGGUGACCAAACUUUAAAAUUAAAUGGUAAAUGACGAAAUCUGUUGCGUACACUGAAGAUAUAUACUUUCAGAGGCUGAUUUAAUAGUGAGUUCCUAAUGCAAUAAUUAUAAGUAUUAAUAGAGAAUAAACUUUCUCAAUAUUAUUAUUAUUAUUAUAUUAAACGGUUUAUUUGUUUUUAUAAACUUUUUUAUAUUUGUUUUUUUUUUAUAAAUUUUUCUUUUUUUUCUUUUAAGCACAAACGAGUUUAUGCUACAAUUUACAUUAAAAAAUGCUUGAUGGCGAAGUUUUGUCAUCAUAGUCUCUAAUCAACUUGCAAGUGUAAUUGUCCCAGUCAGAGUGUAAUUUUUGUAUGACAUCUUGCAGCAAAAUAAAUGGUUCUUUCAGUUUGCCAUUAUCAUC